UGGCACAAAGGAGCGCAUGAUUCGAGACGAAGCGGGGACUGGGGAGGCGGAGCUAAAGGAACUCGUCAAAAGCAAAUUGAUAGAAUGUAGCAAAACAACGAGCAGGAAGUCUUCCAGUUCUGCGUUAAAUAUUUCUUACAAAGUAAGUUUCCGUGUAAGUUUAGCCUAAAAUGAGACUCCGGUCACAGAGAACCUUGACGCCCUACACGGAGACGCCGAGGAAAACACGGCAGCCGUCCAGCAACAAAGCUACACCAACACCAAGACGAAGUCGUCGUUGUGUAUCAGUCCCAGGAACUCCAUUACAAGAUAAAGUUGAAGUGCUGUCAGAUUGUGAAGAUGGCCCACCCAUGAGGAGGCGCGUGCUGCCCUGUAGGUGGCCGAGAAAAAGAGCCAUUGCAACGGUUGUCAAAGAAACAGAUGCGGUCUUGAAGACUCCACCCAGGUCCAUAUUGCGCCAUGAACGCGUACUGUCAGAGAUGGACCCUGCAUCUCCUUAUAAUUCAACCACCCAAAAGAUCUCCACCCCCAUUGUUCGAUUCCUCACACCCAGCAAAGAGAAUCAAGAUUACAAGAGCGAAGAAAACAACGUAAUGAUGAGUCCCGAACAAGGAGUGUUUGGUUACGGCUCCAUUGACCUCCUGGCGGGAGACGCGGACAACCACAUCUUCAGUCCCUUCAGUUUCAUCAAGAACCUGCCAUCCCAGUCGCACUAUUCCCAGCCCAGACUACCUGACAUCCCCCCUAAAACCAGGAGUACCCCGGAGUCCACGCUUGUAGUGGACCUAGAUGAAACAUUGAUGUUUGGAUCUCUGAACGUCAUCGACAAUGCCGAAUACACCUUCCAGACAGCAUUUCAGGAUCAUCAAUAUAAGGUUUACGUGAUCCUCCGACCACACGUGAAGGAGUUUCUGCAGUCCGUGGCAAAAGCAUACGAGCUCUUUGUUUACACUUGUGCAAAGCGGGAGUACGCUGAGAAGAUUCUGGACAUCCUGGACCCGCAAAGGAGGCUCUUUCGCCACCGUCUUUAUCAGGAUGAGUGCUCCUGCGUUCUCGGCCACUACGUCAAAGAUCUCGGCGUCCUGGGGAGAGAUCUGACCAAGACUGUGGUUCUGGACAACGCCCCCCACACCUACCCCAACCACUUGAUGAACACGCUUCCCAUCAAGAGUUGGUCUGGCGAGUCGGACGACCGGGAACUCCAGAAGCUCAUCCCCUACAUGGAGAAACUGUCUGCAGCGGAGGACUUUCGGGAGGUGCUGAAGAAGAGGAAGGAUCACUUCCAACGACUGCUGUCGGAGGACUGAUGUGACCAGAACCCGCCCCCCACUUGCGUCUCUCCGUGACCGCUUCCAAGGACGCCGUAUCCAUUUUUCAGCUACGCUGCUCUAUAUUUUUUGCACCACAUUACCAUCAAAUCAUUCCCCUGAGUAGAAGACCCAGAGAUGAAACUUGAAAUGUGUUGUGUAUAUAAUUAUUUAUUAUUUCGCAAAAUCCUUUUUAUUUUCGAUCAAUGUUUAAUGCAAUAAAACUAACCUAAUUGUGGGAUCAUUA